CUCUGCAGCGAAUGACUUUAUUGCCUAUUGCUCUAGCUUUUAUACCAUUCUAGCAAAAGCUAUCUUUAGCACAUCAUGAUUAGUUUUGUUUUUCCACAUUCUCCGUCGUUUCACAAUCAGUGCCAGAAUAACCAGUUCCUUAUCUUUAUGUUCUCGUGCUUCUGUCCAGGUUGUUCACUCUGCUUGAUCGCGCAAUGUACUUUGUUUCUACUUCAACUCUUUCUUCUUCAGCCAAGUGAUUCUGACAGACAUGUAUGUCUUUAUUCUUUCGGUCCGCAUUCUAAAUACAUCCAUCACAUAUUAAACGGCAACCCGCAACACUUCAGUGUAACAAAACCUGCUCAGUACCAGUGAAUACCCUGAGCACUGGGGUUUAUGCUAGUUAUGAUCAGAGUGUUAAUUACAGCACGGUUAGAAUAACGGUAAAAUGACGAUGAUGGAAUUUAAAGAUCCUUCUCCAUUUUCCUUCGGUAACAUCCCCGCACACUCUGCUCCCGCAUUCCGUGGUUCACUCCUCCCCGCGGCGCUGUGUUCCCGUACCCCCGAACCGCCAGAAACACCCGCGGGCAAGGAUCUCCCUCAGCAGCGGGGUCUGUGACCUGACACACCGCGGGGAAGGACUCGUCUCCUCUCCCGUUCCCUUCCCCCGCCGCGGGCUCUCGCGUUACCGGCCCCACGCCCGCGUGGCAGAGCGGAGCCGCUCGUUCCCGCGGGGCGGGGCGCGGCGCUGCCAGGCCUGGGCCCGCGGGAAGCGGCACCGCAGCGGCGGUUGACACGGUACCUCCGUGUCGCCUCCUCCGCCCGGCUCUUUGGCGAGCGCUUCCGGGUCACGCCCGACCAAUAGCCUCGGCGGCUUCCUGAGCGUCACCGGCAGUACGUGCGUGGCGCACGUCAGGCGGCGGAGGCGGGCGCGCAGACGGAAGCGGUGUUCCACGGCACUCCCGCAUCCCGUCAGCCCGCGCUGCCCCUGCACUCUAUGGUAACCAUAGAGACCCACGGCGGUGGCGGAUCAAUACUGGGACGGCGGCGGCCGUGGCGCCGUGGGGAACAUGGCGACGCUGGUGCUGGAUAACGGCGCCUACAACGCCAAGAUCGGCUACAGCCACGCGAACGUCAGCGUUAUUCCCAACUGUCAGUUCAGAUCAAAGACUGCACGCCUGAAAACCUUUACGGCAAAUCAACUGGAUGAAAUUAAAGACCCCUCUGGGCUUUUUUAUAUUCUGCCCUUUCAGAAAGGUUACUUGGUGAACUGGGAUGUCCAGAGACAGGUUUGGGAUUAUCUUUUUGGAAAAGAAAUGUACCAAGUGGACUUUGUAGAUACCAAUAUUAUUAUUACUGAGCCUUAUUUUAACUUCACUUCAAUACAAGAAUCCAUGAAUGAAAUUCUAUUUGAAGAAUAUCAGUUUCAAGCAGUUCUUAGAGUAAAUGCUGGAGCUCUUAGUGCGCACAGGUAUUUCCGAGAUAAUCCAUCUGAGCUGUGUUGUAUCAUUGUGGAUAGUGGAUACUCUUUUACACACAUCGUACCUUAUUGCAGAAGUAAAAAGAAAAAAGAGGCAAUCAUCAGGAUUAAUGUUGGAGGAAAACUCUUAACCAACCAUCUCAAGGAGAUAAUCUCUUACAGGCAGCUACAUGUUAUGGAUGAAACACAUGUAAUUAAUCAAGUGAAAGAAGAUGUAUGUUAUGUUUCUCAAGACUUUUACAAGGACAUGGACAUUGCCAAAUUGAAAGGAGAGGAAAAUACUGUAAUGGUAGAUUAUGUUUUGCCAGACUUCAGCACAAUCAAAAAAGGAUUUUGUAAGCCAAGGGAAGAGAUGGUGUUAAGUGGAAAAUACAAGACUGGUGAACAAAUUCUUCGUCUAACAAAUGAAAGAUUUGCAGUUCCAGAAAUACUCUUCCAUCCUUCAGAUAUUGGUAUUCAAGAGAUGGGAAUUCCUGAAGCCAUUGUCUAUUCUAUUCAGAAUUUACCUGAAGAAAUGCAGCCUCAUUUCUUCAAGAACGUAGUCCUGACUGGGGGAAACACCCUUUUUCCAGGCUUCAGAGAUCGGGUUUAUUCUGAAGUUCGAUGUCUCACUCCAACUGAUUAUGAUGUUUCCGUUGUUCUUCCUGAGAACCCUAUUACUUACUCCUGGGAAGGUGGGAAGCUCAUUUCUGAAAAUGAUGAUUUCGAAGACAUGGUAGUAACUAGAGAAGAUUAUGAAGAACAUGGACACAAUAUCUGUGAAGAGAAGUUUGACAUAUAGGCAGUAUAGUUGGAUACAUUGUUAUUCCAUUGUUUCAGUCAGAAUGGAAUUUGAAGUACAACCUGUUUCCUGUCAGUUAGGAUUGUGUUUUAGCUUUCCUGUGUUUAAGUGGGUUGGGAAAAAUAAUUUUCAGAGUUUAAAAAUAAAUUUUACAAGGCUAAUACUAUGAAGUAACAUGUUCAUUGUCAUUUCACUGUGUUCUCAUCUUUUACUGAUAGCUUCACUGUAUUCUUAUUGCAGAAAACCUCAAUGCAUGAGGCAAUAAAAGUACUGAAUGCUUGU